AUGCCCCUGGUGGUAGCCGAGUCAUCCUCUUCGGGCGCCCCUGCGUUCCCGCCAGGGUUCGCUCUUCAGCCGGCCUACACUCCAACGGCCACCGCUCCGGGAAUGAACUUGGGACAACAUGCCGAUGACAUGCCGGGUAACAACGGUAGUGGCAAGCAGGCUGUUUGGACAACUGCCAUGUCGUCCUUUGUGCUUAAGUUCAUGGCUAACCUGGUGACUAGUGGAACUAGAGCCUCCAACAGUUUCAGGCAAGUUCAUCAUAAAAGCUGUGCAAAGGCUUUGAACGAGCGUUUCAAGCUUCAAGUAACUGCCGCUCAGAUUUCUAACCACCUUCGGAAGUGGAAAAGAAUAUGGGGAAGGGUUAACAAGCUCAAGAGCUUAAGUGGUGCUCUUUGGGAUGAGCAUACAUGCACCAUUGUGCUUGAUCAGGAGCAUUACGCCAGUCACGUUAAGGACCACCAUAGUGAUGCCGACUUGUUGAACACUCCGAUCGAGUACUAUCAUGAGAUGGCUACAAUCUGUGGUAACGGUAUGGUUUCAGGUGUAUAUGCUAGCAGGAGUAGCAAUGAGCUUCUUUCCACAGACGUGGCUGAUGAUGAAUUUGAAAAUGAAGAUACCAAUGGGGAGAGUGACCCUCUUGCUACAAAUGUGACUGAGAAUGAAAUGGAAAACAGAAAAACUAAUGAAGCGAGUGACCCUCUUGCUAUAGUUGUGAUCGAGAAUGUCAAAACCUGUGAAGAGGCCACACAAUCUUUUACUAACACUGAUGAAGGAAACUUUGGUGAUCCCUCUGGCAGUUUACCACCACCAAAGAAGGCCAAGAUGUCUCACUUGGAUUUAUCACAACAACGCGAUGCUCCAGCUAUGCAACCAGACGUGGGUAUAUCACAUGGAAUGAACUCGGAACAGCAUGCGGAUAACAUGGGGGGUACUAAUGGUGGUGGUGGGCAACUUGUUUGGACAAAUGCCAUGUCAUCCUUUGUGCUUCAGUUCUUGACUAACCUAGUGGCUGGUGGAACUAGACCCUCUCAUGUUUUCAAGCAAGUUCAUCUUAAAAGUUGUGCUCAAGCUUUGAGUGAGCAUUUCAGGGUUCAAGUAAAUGCUGCACAGAUUUCUAACCAUCUUAGGAAAUGGAAGAAAAUAUGGAAAAAGGUUAACAUACUCAAGAGUUUAAGUGGCACUCUUUGGGAUGCAAAUACUUGCACCAUUGUGCUUAAUCAUGAGCAUUACACGGCUCACGUUAAGGACCACCAUCAUGAUGCUGAUUUCUUGAACACUCCAAUUAAGAACUAUCGUGAGAUGGCGACAAUCUUUGUCAAAGGCAUGGCAUCAUCCAGGCCAGCUAGGAGUAGCAACGAGUCUCUUGCUAGGGGCGUGCCUGAGAAUGGAAUGGAAAAUGAAAACUUGAAUGGGGUGAAUGCCCUUAUUCCUAAGGGUGUUGAAGAGGCCGCAAUGUCUUUUACAAGCACCGAUGAAGGGAACAGUGGUGAUUCGUCUGACAGCUUACCUCCCCCACCCCCACCAAAGAAAGCCAAGGUAAAAAACGAUGACAGGCUGCUAUGUACGAUGACCCGUGUUCUCGAUCGCCUAGCAGAAGCAAUAGAGAAGUGCAGUAGGAGAGACACUGAUGUCCCCGACGACCUUUGGGCUAACAUGAAGGGCCUCCCGGGGUUUGAACAGGAGCAUCUUGCCCACUACUAUGCUUAUUUGUGCGAGAAUGCUCACGUUGCCAGGGCAUUCGACAAGCUUAGUGUGCCUCACAAAACGAUCUGGGUUAAUAGGUACAUCAAGAACCACCUCUCGGUCUAG